AUGCAGCAAGCACAGCAACAUCCCGCUCAUCAACAUGGAAAGUACCAACAUCCACAAAUUCAAUAUCUUAUGAAGCCAGAAUACAACCGAGAAAACAUUAGCGUCAGCUUACAGAAUAUCGAACUAUGGAAACGAUUUCAUAAUUUGACCAAUGAAAUGAUUGUGACAAAAGCUGGCCGUCGGAUGUUCCCAAUCGUUUCCAUCAGUAUUCGCGGUUUAGAACCCGAAAAGAUGUAUACGGUCGAGUUGUCAUUCGAGCAAAUGGACUCGCACCGUUGGCGUUAUGUCAGUGGUCAAUGGCAACCAGGUACAAAACCUGAUCCAGCUAUUCAACGAGCACCGUAUCAACAUCCUGAUUCGCCAAAUUAUGGUGAAACAUGGAUGCGCGAUACAGUCUCUUUUACCAAAGUUAAAUUGACCAACAAAACCAAUCAGACGGGCCCAUGUCAAGUUGUUCUUAAUUCACUUCAUAAAUACAAACCGAAAAUCUCAAUUAUUGAUGUUAUGUUAAAAACAAAGAUCUACGAGACGAGUUUUCCCGAAACUGAAUUCAUCGCUGUAACUGCAUAUCAAAACGAAGAGGUAACAUCAUUGAAAAUUAAGUACAAUCCAUUUGCUAAGGCAUUCCAAGAUACUGGAAAUAAUAAACGAGAAGAUCGUGAAAUGAUGAUGUUAGAAGAACAAACGACAAAUGGCAAUAAUUAUGUUUCACCAUUUACACAUCAUUCGAUGUUUUUUCCCCAUCAAUCAUCACCAAUGCAUAGCAAUGGCCACGAACGAUUUAAAUUUCAAUCCUAUCGUACAUCGCCUUAUCAUUACUCUCCAGCACAACGAAAAUCGUCGCCAACGGAUGUUUUUCAAACUAAACUUGAUCCAUAUCCAUCAUCAUCAACUUCACCGUUCGAUCCAACGUUAUUCUAUACACCAACAACACCUGCAGGUAUUCCAUGUUCAUCAUCAUCACCAUUGUCGCCCAACACCGCCGCCGCUGCAGCUUACUAUUCCAACACAUAUUAUCCAAGUCCUGCUUCAUACUACUUUCCUUAUACAACAACUCCGUCACCAGCAUCGCAUCAUCCAUUUAUGGCACCAUUAACAUGUCCAAUGAAUAAUGGAACAUCAUCUUCAUCACCAUUAAGUCCAUCUUUUAUACAUUUACAGCAACCAGUUGCAAUCGUACCGAACUUAAGUAAUCAUUCAACAUCAUCAUCAUCGCCACCGAAAGAACAUGAGAGUCUGUUGGCGACUGGUGAUGUUGGACAAUAUUAA